AUGUUAGCGAAUUUUUAAAAAAGAAUCCAAAUAAAAUCACUGUACCUGACAAAUACGGUAACACACCCCUGCAUGUGGCCUGUAGUGUUGGGCACACAAGCCUGGUGAAGAAGAUGUUAAUGCUUACACCUGACAUUAAUGUGGCAGAUAAAGAUCGUAACACUCCUCUCCAUGUGGCCUGUCGGUGGGGACGCAUCAGUGUUAUUGAGCAUCUCCUGGUAACUAAACCUGAUGUCACUGCAGUGAAUAGUUACGGGAACACACCUCUACAUCUGGCCUGUAUCAAUGACCACAAAGACGCUGCUAAAAUACUACUACAGUCCAAUCCUAGAGUUCGUGUGGUGAAAACUAAAAGGAAAAGAACUUUAGAUUUGCUGAAUGGUGACGAAAGCAUAGACAUGGUGAAAAACAAUUACAAUCCAAAUCUAAAGAUCCCAAGUUGAAAGAAAGUUGGAAAAUAUCUCGGAAUCUGUUCUACAGGGAUAAAAAUACUGGAGAUGAUGAAGAGCCAACAGAGCCUCAUGUCGACUUGGUGAAUAAAUACAAACACACACCUCUACAUUGGCGUGUAUUAAUGGAAGUA